AUGUUAUUGACUUGCGUCGUCUGUUCGUUUUGUGAUGAAGACUUCGUCGCGCUCGGUCGCCAUUCGUGGCGUUGUAAACAGCGGAUUAACCAAGCAGAACGAGAUCCCCCUGACGCUACUACAAGACAAGCUACUACAAGACAAGUGCCUGUAAUGCAGUCCCCUAAUGUUCCUGUGUCAAGUCGCACGGUUGUUAAAUGUUGUUGUGGCAAGAUAUGCAAAGGGGCGCGCGGCCUUAAAAUGCAUCAGCGCAGUUGUCAAGUGAUACAUGGCCUUAACGACGAGCUUUGUGCAGAUCUUGAGGAGCAAAUAACUACGGAUAACAGCGAAAAUAUUUCAGAAAAUGAACACAACGGCAAUGAUAUUAAUACAGUUAAUUACGAUAGUUUUCCUGAACUGAAGAAAGGCAUAAAUCUCCCGAAAAAUGAUUCUGAAUGGUCAACGGCUAAUGAUUAUUUUAAAUGUGCACUCCAGCCAAGUGAUCCAAUCACAUUGCAAGAUCUAAAUUCAAAAAUCAAGCUUUUAAAUGACGCGAUAUACAGCUACUUUGCAAAUAAUUAUGGACAUACUGAAACUGUACCCGACAAAAAUAUGGUAGCUAAAUAUAAAGAGUAUACGGUUAAAGAGUUAAAGAAAGCUUUACAAAAUUUAAAAUCCAAAAAGGGUGAACUCAGUGAAAUUAAAUACGUAUCGCGUACAUUGCGUGACAGGCUCCGUAACAAUAGCAACGACGCCGAUGACUUAAAUGACAGUGAGUCUUUUAAUCACAACAAAUAUCUGGAACGAAGCUUUUGGGGCUAUGUUAAAAAUAUAAUCAAUAGAAAAGACGCAGUAUUACCAUCAUUUAACAUGACUGAUUGCCUUUCUUAUUUCUCUAAAUCUCUGGCUAAAAUUAAUCCUAACAAGCUAUUUGUAAUUCCCAGCUGGAUCCCAAAGUUAUCUGAUCCUGAAGUUCAAUUUAACCUUGACCCCCCGACCUAUCAACAAAUUACGAAUGUUAUACGCAAAAUGAAAUCGUCUGGUUCUCCUUGCCCUCUUGAUCAACUUUCUAUAAUAAGUUUCAAGCAUUGUCCUUAUCUGAGGACUUACCUUAUUGAGCUAAUUCACGAUAUUUGGCUAUCUGGAACUGUCCCAACUGAGUGGAAAAGAGCAUGUACCAUACUAAUCCACAAGAAAGGCAACAAUAAUGACCCUUCAAAUUUCCGCCCCAUAACACUCGAAUCCAUACCUUUAAAAGUAUUUACAUCUUGUCUCCGAAACGCAGUAUAA